UCACGUGAUAAGGGCGGAAACUGACUCAUAGUCCACGCUGAAUCUCCCGCGAACGCAGCCAUUUACUUCUUUCCCUCUUCGCAGCAACACCGGUAGACUACCGAGACCACGACAGAUUCGACAAUGGCAGAAACCGAUCAAGUUAUAGUCCAGUUCAAGCUUGUGUUGGUGGGAGAUGGCGGAACAGGAAAGACAACGUUUGUGAAGAGGCACUUGACGGGAGAGUUUGAGAAGAAAUAUGUUGCCACUCUUGGAGUGGAGGUGCAUCCACUGGUCUUCCACACCAACAGAGGACCCAUCAGAUACAAUGUGUGGGACACAGCUGGACAGGAGAAGUUUGGAGGACUGAGAGAUGGCUACUACAUUCAAGCUCAGUGUGCUAUCAUCAUGUUCGACGUCACUUCCCGAGUCACCUACAAGAACGUGCCUAACUGGCAUCGUGACCUCGUCCGUGUCUGCGAGAACAUUCCCAUUGUCCUUUGCGGCAACAAGGUGGACAUCAAAGACAGGAAAGUCAAAGCCAAGAGCAUUGUGUUUCACCGCAAGAAGAACCUGCAGUACUAUGACAUUUCCGCCAAGAGUAACUACAACUUUGAGAAGCCCUUCCUGUGGCUAGCAAGGAAGCUAAUUGGCGACCCCAACCUGGAGUUUGUGGAGAUGCCUGCCCUUGCUCCCCCAGAGAUCCAGAUGGACCCAUCUCUUGCUGCGCAGUACGAGGAAGACCUCAAAGUUGCAUCACAAACAGCGCUCCCAGAUGAAGACGAUGACCUCUAACCUGUUACCUAAUUGUACCCUCUCCCCUCCGCCGUGGACAGGAAGUUGUUGGAGUUUCGCCCCCCCCUACCCCCCUCCCUUUACUGUAAAAUCCUGUUGCAGAUUUAUUGUUAUUUUUGAACUUUUUUUGUUUGUGUUCUAAAAUCUAAGGAAAAAAACUUGGUGGAGAAAAAAAGUUGUGGCUCUGAUUUCACUGUAUAAGACACACACCCACCCUAGUGUUGUUGUUGGCAUGGCGACGUGCUACUCUUCAUCAUUGAGCACCCUCCACUGCAUUUACCCAGCCCAAAUGCUGUUGUAAGGUGUACUUGAAGCACUAAGGGGAAUAAACUUUGAAUAAAAACAUUCUCAAUAUAA